AUGGAUUUAAGAGUGGGAAGAAAAUACCGGAUCGGACGGAAAAUCGGAUCGGGAUCGUUUGGAGACAUCUAUUUCGGAACGAACAUUAUCUCUGGAGAGGAGGUGGCCAUUAAGUUAGAGAAUAUAAGAGCCAAGCAUCCUCAAUUGGAGUAUGAGGCAAAGGUUUACAAGGCACUAUGUGGUGGAGUGGGGAUUCCGUUUGUGAGAUGGUUUGGAACCGAAUGUGACUACAAUGCCAUGGUGAUUGACCUAUUGGGUCCCUCUUUAGAAGACUUGUUUAAUUAUUGCAAUCGAAAGUUCUCCUACAAGACGGUACUCUUGCUUGCGGACCAACUACUUUGCCGGAUCGAAUUCAUUCAUGCCAGAUCGUUCAUUCACAGGGAUAUUAAGCCUGAUAACUUCCUUAUGGGAAUAGGUAAGAAGGGAUCUCAAGUCAAUGUGAUUGAUUUUGGGUUGGCCAAGAAAUACAGAGAUCCUCGUACCUACGUGCAUAUUCCAUAUCGAGAGAACAAGAAUUUAACUGGAACAGCUCGGUAUGCUUCCAUCAACACACAUCUUGGCAUUGAACAGUCCAGAAGAGACGAUUUGGAGUCGUUAGGAUAUGUUCUUAUCUAUUUCUGUAGAGGUUCUUUACCCUGGCAGGGUCUUAAAGCUGCCACGAAGCGUCAGAAGUAUGAUAGGAUUUUGGAAAAGAAGAUGUCGACUCCGGCAGAAGUACUUGCUAGAGGCUUGCCCGUCGAGUUUACUCAUUAUUUGAACUACAUUCGAUCUCUCCGUUUCGAGGAUAAGCCAGACUACAUGUAUCUUCGUCGUCUUUUCAGAGAUUUGUUUGUUCGUGAGCACUACGUCUACGAUUAUAUCUUUGACUGGACGGUUUUCAAGUACAAACUGCAUCAGCAGCAGCAGCAACAGCAACAGCAACAACAGAAGAUUGUUGAUAAUAAUGCUGACAACACAGCUGCUGUAGCUACUGCUGCCAAUGACGACAAGAAGAAUAUCAGACAGCCUGAAGGAUUUGCUGCCACGUCUCCAGUGAAACCAUUACUACAGCAAACUCAGAAUGCAGCUGUAGCAGUUCCUGAUCCCGCAAUUGGUGCAACUGCUCAAAGUUAUCGAAUUCAGAAUUAUCAAAUUGCUCAAGCACAGCAGGCACAGCAAGCACAACAGGCACAGCAAACACAACAGGCGCAAGAAUCACAGCCAACACAGCAAGUACAGUUAGAACAGCCAGUGCAACAAACACAGACUCAACAGCAGUACUAUUAUCAGCAGCAGCAACAACAACAGCAGCAGCAACAGCAGCAGAAUCGCCAAGAUUCUCCUCCUCAGCAAUCAAAUGUUAAUCCGGCCUGGCUAUAA